CCGCAGCUCCGGGCGCAGAAGCUGAGGCCAGGGCGUCCCCUCCUCCGCCCGGGCAGGCAGCGGUCCCCGAGCCGACCUCGGCGCUGCUCAGACGCGGCCCCGGGGACCUUCGGACCCGCCAGGCGGGGCGCAGACCUGAACAUGAGGAGUCGCCGGUGGAGAGGGGGCAGGCGCGCUGCCCCGGGAGCCCCGUGACAGCGGGGACCUCCCUCCUGUUGGGGGAGGUCUGACUUGACCUGCCAGCAAGAGGCGGCCACCAGGGGUCCCUUUCCUCUCCUGCAGCUUUUGGGGAGCGAUCUUGAGGGGUGCUACAGCCGCCCCCGGACCUCACAGACUCUGAGUGGAAUUUGCAGGCGGCCACCAUGGUGCAAAAUGUAAUUCUAGUGUUUUUCCGCAGACGGCUAAGCCAAAGACCUGCGGUGGAGGAACUGGAGAGGAGAAACAUCUUGAAACAAAGGAAUGAUCAGACAGAGCAGGAAGAAAGAAGAGAAAUCAAGCAAAGAUUGACCAGAAAGCUUAAUCAGAGACCCACAGUUGAUGAACUAAGAGACAGAAAAAUCCUGAUACGAUUCAGCGAUUAUGUGGAAGUGGCGAAAGCACAGGACUACGACAGACGGGCAGACAAGCCCUGGACGAGACUGUCGGCAGCAGAUAAGGCCGCGAUCCGCAAAGAACUAAAUGAAUACAAAAGUAAUGAGAUGGAGGUCCACGCGUCAAGCAAGCAUUUGACAAGAUUCCACAGGCCCUAGAGAUUUUCUUCUGAGAAGAAUUUGCGUUUAAUUUUUGAUACCAACCCUGAACAUUCGUCAGGGAACUUUCCUGAAGUUCAGCUCGAGACGACCUGCUGUGUUUGUGAGAGGCGCGGGAUCACACACACAGGUGACACCGUGGCCGCACUUAGCUGUAAGAGGACAAAGCAGAGGACACGCUUCACUGUCUGGCGUCUGAGGAGUGAACUGUUGGGUCAGUUGGGACCCAUAGUCACCCUGCUGGGAGAAGACUGCUUGCUCUUCCAGCUUGUUGACAGCUCUGCAGCGUGAGCGAGGGCGGGCUCACCACUCCACGGCCGGCCGCGGACGUGAGGGACACGUGCCGAUGCAGUGUCAUUCAGUGUUAUGUGGAAAAGACACUUUUAUUCGGAUCAUGAUUAAUUUGCGAACUCUUUAAGUUCACGUUACACAGAAUGAUUUACUGUACUAUACUUUUCCUUUUUUUAUAUAAUGUCUAACAAGAAAUACAACCGCAACAUUUUGAUUCCUGUUACUUUUGUUCUUUAAUUAAAUGACUACUUAUUGCAGGAAAUGAA